AUAUUGUUUAGAGCGUGAAACUCAUUGUGUACCACUGUAUGAGAAACUCUUGGAAUAUGAAAUAAAUAAUUUUAUGGAAAUAAACCAAACCCCCGAUUUUCUUAGAUUCGAAGCUGAAAAAUUGCAGGCAAUCAUAGAAAGCAACAAUUUGAAUGUGACUUGUGAGGAGGAUACUUUUCAUGCCAUAAAACGCUGGUAUGAGUACGAUACUUCUGUACGACAACAACAACUACCAGAUUUAAUUGGUCGCCUACGAUUGACCCAUUUUGACACUAAUUUCUUAUUGAGAAAUGUCAAAACACUUCCUGGAUGCGAGCUAUUGGCUUACAAGGCAAUAUCGUGGAUUACGCUACCAUCAGAUCAGACGAAGAUAUCGCUCUAAUUUACAGCGCCACGAGAAAAAACUAUUUGCGAAAAUUCGGAAGAGUUAACUUUGAUAGCUGUGCAAGCUUA